CAGCCAAAAACUGUUAAGCAGGAGGAGGAGGAGGAAGACAGACAGGAGAUGCAUCUCAACCGGCUGGAAGCUGCCAUCACCGGUCUGCCUAGAAGAAGUGGUGUAAACGGGCUCCAUCAGGCUGUGCAGAAGCCAAGCGGUGCAGAGCCCCUGCAGCUGAGCUCUGGAGCAGCCAGCGAGGAGGUCUUGCUGCUGGACUGCAGGGCGGGACCCGCCAUUCGGACAUGCAGAGCCCAGCUGGGGGAGAUGCCCCACUGGUGCCUGGAAUGUGGGAAGAACUUCGGCCAAAAGGCGGAGCUAGAAAUGCACCAGUCCAAGCACAGCGGGCAGAGUUCCUACAUCUGCAGCGACUGUGGAAGGACCUUCGUGGAGCACAUGGCCCUGGCUGCAGGGCAGGGAGCAUGUGCUGCAGGGAAUGCCCUCAGCCCCGCCGGGGGCCGGAGGAAGGGGCUGCCCUUGCCCAGCGAGGCCGUCGUGCCAAGGAAGGAGCGGAAGGAGCUGUCCCUGCACGAGAAGGUCCGAGUGCUGGAGAUGCUAGAAGGGCCCAAGGUGUCCCAGAGUGAACUGGCAAAAAGAUUUGGGGUCUCCCAGCCCCAGAUCUGCCGCAUCAUCAAGAACAAGGAGCGCAUCCUGGCAGAGUGGGGUAAAAAUGCCAACCCGGGACGCAAACGCAGGCUGGAGGAGAAGGGCCCCACCAGCGACCGAGCUCUCUUGCAGUGGUUUGAGCGGAGCUGCAGGCAUCCCUUCCCCUCUGAGGGGAGGCCCUGGCAAGAGAAGGCUGGCCUUGGAGGGGAGCCCAGCCCAGAGAGCAGCCUUCUUUGGCGAAACGGCUCCCAAGCAAAGCCGAAGGUGGCACCCGGGAGGCCUCUUCCGGAGAAAUGGCGCAGGGAGCCGCCGGAGGAGGAGGAGGAGGAAGACGGCCGCUGGGAGAGGACCACCCUGCCCUGCGUCCUCAGCCAGUACGACCUUCCCGACGUCUAUGCUUGCGGGGAGACGGGCAUGCUCUUUAGAGCCACCCCAGAAGACCUGGCGCCACAGAGGAGCAAAGGAGCCCGGGACCAGCUCACUGUCUUGCUCUGCACCAACAUGGACGGCUCGGAUAAAAGAGACGUGCUGGUCGUGGGCCAGGCAGCUGGGUUGUUGGGCCUCCCAGCAGGCGGCCUCCGGGAGUUGCCUUCUGCGACCUACAGGGCUAACGGCAAGGCCUGGAUGACCGCCACCAUCUUCACCCACUGGCUCCGGAAAUUUAACGAAGAGAUGAAGGAGAAGGAGAGGCGGGUGGUGCUCUUCCUGACGCAGUGCAGCGUGCAUCCCUACGCCGAGCUGUCCCACGUCCAGAUGGUCUUCAUGCCCCCUCACCUUCCCUGGCUGCGCCCCUUGGAGCAGGGGGUAGUCCAGAAUUUUAAGUGUCACUACCGGCGGAGGAUGCUGACCCAUCUCCUGGUCAGGUGCAGCAGCAGGGGCUGCAGCCCAGCCAGCCAGCUCUCCAGGUACCUGACGCUUUUGGAUGCCGUCCAUCUGGUCGUCCACGCUUGGUCCGAGGUGUGUCCACAAACCAUAGCGAACGCUUUCAAGGCUGCGGGCUUCAGUGCGAAUCCCCGCAUCCUGGCCCCUCCGCUGGAGGUGGUCCAGGCCCUGGGCUGCAAGGAUCGGGACCAGUUUGAGCAGUUCGUUCUGAUGGACGAGGGGCUGCAGUGCUUUGGGGACCAGGAGGGGGCCAGGGCGACGGAGGCCCCCCAGCGCCAAGGACCCGGCUCCUUGCGAGCAGAAGGCGAGGAAGAGGAGGAGGAACCACUUUUGCUGCCCUGCCCCUCGAAGGCCGAGGUCGUGGAGAGCCUGGCGAAGCUGAGGCGCUACCUGGAGUGCCGCUCAGUGCUGCCAGCCACGUUCCACUCCUUCUACCAGUUGGAGGACUUGAUCCACGCCAUCGCCCUGUCUGACGUGCAGCUAGUAAAAGCCAAAGCCUGCAAAGACUGACUUCCAGGGUCGCCCAUAUACGAACAGAGGACUCUUGGUCCCGAAAUGGGAGCCCAGGAACCCACAGGGGCAUCUUAGGCUUCAUAAAACCCUGUACAGUCACCAAAUAGUUUGGGGGAGUAGUGCUGAGAGAGGGUGCCGCAGUCUUCCUCCUGAGGACUAGCAGCAUGCAGGGAAGGACAGCAGAGUAGCAGGCUUCUAGUGAGAAAAGAGGAAGAGAACUGAUCAGUGGACUUCCUGCCAACCCUGCUGCUUGCAGAGAGCCUCUGGAGGAGUUG